AUGAACAACAAUGGCGUGAACGGCAGGGAAGAUGAAAUCAGCAGGAAGAGGAGGCAUACCAGUGAUGAAGUCACAGCGUUUCGUGAUCUCGAAGAAGAUGAAGAGAACGAGUUGCUUUCUCUCUCGCUCUCGUUUCGUCCGUCGAGAGGCAGGAAGGUUUCGUCUCCUGGAAAUUCACAUUCGCAGCAGCCGUCGAUGACGACGUCGCUGCCUUCACCGCCUCGACCACCGAUGUCACAGUCAUCAGUACAGCAGUCGUCAAUGUCGUCGAUUAUGCAAAACUUGCUCCGCAAACCACAGCCUCAGCUCCCUCUCCAACCGUCCCCGUCGCAUCCAAUCUGCAGCAUCCCUCCUUUCGUGACCGAAUCAGUGCCCACACUUGCUCCGCGCCAGAGUACUCGUACUCGGCGUAACCCGACGCAGGCACCAGGCGAAGGUAAGAGCGACACGAUCCCCGCGCCGUAUCCGUGGUCCACAAAUCAGCGCGCGACUGUGCACAAUCUGGAGUAUUUGUUAUCAAAGCGGAUACUAACAAUUUCCGGUGAGGUUCAAUGCAAGAGGUGCGAGAAACAGUACGAGAUGGAGUAUGAUUUACGAGAGAGAUUUGAUGCGGUAGCUACAUUUUUGCUGGAGAAGAAGAGUACAAUGCACGAGAGAGCUCCGAGUGUUUGGAUGAAUCCGGUUCUGCCUAGUUGUAGGUUCUGUGAGCAAGAAAAUAGUGCGAAGCCAGUGAUUAGCAAGAAGAGGGAGAUUAAUUGGUUGUUUUUGCUGCUUGGACAGACUAUUGGAUGCUGCACACUUGAUCAGUUGAAGUAUUUCUGUAAGCAUACAAGGAAUCAUAGAACCGGGGCUAAGGAUCGUAUCCUUUAUCUAGCAUAUCUCACUUUGUGCAAACAGCUUGUUCCUACUGGACCCUUUAAUCGCUGA